CAAUGUUACAACUAAACCUAAACAGUGGCAAGUUUGAAAGUUAUUUUAAUUUUUUAAAUGUUUGCUGUUCCUAAUUUUUGUAUUCUGACAAAUUUUUGUUUCAAUUGCAAAGAAUUAUUUUAUUUUGAACAAUAUUAAAUUUAUAAUACUAUUAUUUGCCUGCUGCUGAAACUUUACUUCUGAGCGAAGGUUGUGUAAGUAGAUAGCCUUUCAAGUAAUAUUUAGGUGAAUUAUGGCACAAUUUAAAUUAGAAAAUGAACUUUCUAAUGCUUUAAGCCACAAUGCUCCAUUACGUCAAGGCCCGGCUCCUAGGUGGCAAAAAAAGACUUUGCAAGAUACAUCUUCUGUUGAUAUGUCUUUCAAUACAUCAAGUAACAAUUCAACCUUAAAUAUUUCAUUAAACAGAAGCGCUUUUAAAGCUAAUCCCAGUCCUGGUAGAAAUGUCUCUUCUCUCGGUGUGGGGAAUGCCAAAACCUCAACAAAGUCCUCAAAAUCACCUAUUGAUGAACUGACCAGACGGCUUACUCCUGGGAGAAAAUCAGAUCGAAAAAGUCCUUUACCUGAACAAAUGGGUGAUCGAUUCAUCCCUAACAGAAGUGCUAUGCAAUUUGAUUUGGCGCAUUAUAUGGUUACUAAAGGAAGUGAAGAUGAAAAUUUAAGCCCUAAUAGCUCUCAUUAUAGGAAAACUAUGAGUGAAAACUUGUUAGGUGAAGAUAUAUCGAAUUGUCGAAUUUUAGCUUAUCAAAACAAAGCACCCCAAGCUCCCACAGGUCAUGCAAAUGCUUUGAAAAUACUUUACAGUUCCACUAAAAAUCCAGGUUCUACCAAGAAAGCAACUCGUCACAUACCUCAAAAUCCUGAUCGAAUUCUUGAUGCUCCUGAAAUAUUAGAUGAUUACUAUCUGAAUCUUAUAGACUGGAGUUCUGCUAAUGUUUUGGCUGUUGCACUGCAUGGAUCUCUCUAUCUUUGGAAUGCAAGCUCUGGUGAAAUUAACCAACUUUUAGACAUGCCUGAACAUGAGGAAUACAUAUCUUCAGUAUCGUGGUUAAAUGAGGGAAAUGUUCUGGCUGUAGGGAUUAGCACUUCUGAAAUUCAGCUAUGGGAUGUUAGUGCCGAAAAGAGAAUUCGGACCAUGAAGAGUCACACUACUAGAGUACCAUCACUAUCAUGGAAUUCUUAUAUAUUAUCUAGUGGAAGUAGAACUGGUGUUAUUCAUCAUCAUGAUGUGAGAGUUUCUGAACAUCAUGUUGGAACUCUGAUAAACCAUACACAAGAAAUAUGUGGACUUAAGUGGUCUUUAGAUGGAAGAUAUCUUGCUUCUGGAGGAAAUGAUAAUUUAGUUAACAUUUGGUCUGCUGAUGCUGGAGUAGGGCAAACAGAUGCACAGCCAUUACAUACAUUUAAUGAACAUCAAGCUGCAGUAAAAGCUUUAGCAUGGUGCCCUUGGCAACCAAAUAUCCUAGCUUCAGGAGGUGGAACAGCUGACCGUCAUAUCAGAUUCUGGAAUUGUAAUCUAGGCACCUCUUUAAACAGUAUUGAUGCUAAGUCUCAGGUAAUUCAUUCUAAAUUAUUUAUUAGAUAA